GCCAAUACCCUCCGCGCGCCGCCCGGGUCAUAAACGAUCUCACAAACAAGUGCUCAACAUUCGGGAAAUUACCCACUAACAAAGGCCGCCUCGUUUUUACUAUCUCUGUCGGCCGCACGGUUUUUAAUACUUUUACAACGCGCCGCGUGUGUGCGCGUGCAUUGCCCGCCGGUAUCCGUGUGUCCGUCGUUAUCCCGAUUUGACUGUAUUUCGUUUUGGUUCUUUCGGAAACGCCGCGUGUAAUUUUUUUAUUUUUAUUAUAUACGACCUCUUCGUUGUUAUUGCGUUGUUAUUAUAUUUAUAUAUAUUUAUUUUAAUCUAUCGUGUAUAUUCGUUACGCGCGCGCCAGAGCGGCUGUCGCUGCUCGCCAACCCGAACCCCGAACUUUGAACCCUCGCGCGAAUCGUCAAACUGCUCGACAAAAAUGUGGCGUUGAACGGGACCCGAAGAGAGCAAUAUUUUUUUCGUCUAACGUUCAACAAGAUUUGCCAACAGACCUGACUGAUCUACCUAUCGUUGUCGUACAACAUGAGCUCCAAGUUUAUCAUAGACAGCAUGUUGCCCAAAUACCAUCAACAGUACCACCAUCAGUUGCUGAACCCGGUGAUCACGUCCAGCGGUACACAGCUGGACGCGUCUGCGGUCAACUACAGCUUGACGCCCAACAACUCGUCGUCGAGCAGCGCCGGUGGCUCGCCGCCGUCCACGUCGUCUCUGGUCUCCCCCGCGGCCAGAAGCAUGUACCCCACUUACAUGCACCCCCAUCACCAACAACAGUUCGGCGCGGCCGCGGCUGCCGGUUCCAUGGCGUUCUCGUCGCCCGGCUCGGCCGCUCUGGCCGCGGCCGUCGUGGACGCCGCCGACAAGUCGUCCUGCCGGUACGGCGGCGGUACCGGCGUCUCCGGUGGCGUGUCCGCCGCGGACACCAUGGUCAACAGCUACGCACUGCACCUGAACCACCACAACCAGAACGGCGGUGGGCACACGGGUUCCGCGGCCGGCGCCGUGUCUUCCAUGGCCGCCGCCGCCCAGUUUUAUCAUCAGGCGGCCGCUGCGUCCGCCGACCCGCUCAACUCCGCUUGCGGCGGACAGCCCGGCGGCCCAGGACCACAGCCCAUGCCCGACAUACCUAGAUACCCUUGGAUGUCCAUCACAGACUGGAUGAGUCCGUUCGACCGAGUCGUUUGCGGUCCAAACGGCUGUCCGCGACGCAGGGGUCGGCAGACGUACACCAGAUUCCAGACGCUCGAGCUGGAGAAAGAGUUCCACUUCAACCACUAUCUGACCAGGAGACGGAGGAUCGAGAUAGCGCACGCCUUGUGCCUGACCGAGAGGCAGAUCAAGAUUUGGUUCCAAAACCGGCGGAUGAAACUCAAAAAGGAGCUGCGGGCCGUCAAAGAGAUCAACGAACAGGCCCGGCGGGAACGCGAGAUCGAGCAAGCUAAGAAACAGGACCAGACCAAGAUGGACGGCGGCGCAGGAAUGGUCCACCAGCAGAUGUCGCACCAUCAGAUGCACGAUCAGCACAAACUACAGAUGGGCUUGGACAAAGGGUCGGCAGACAUGCUCAAGGCCAAAACGUAAAUAACCCGUUAAAUCGGAGAGAGAAAAAAAACAGUAAAAUCUACUUAAAAAACUAGAUAAAGCGCCGCACGCGCUCCAUCGGCCGUCGCGUUUUGUUGUGUGUAUAUAUAUAUAAAAAAAAACAAUGAACAAUUUUGAAAUUAAAAAAAAACAACUCUCCUCCCUUUCUGCUCGAAACAUAUACGUAAUUUAUCUACUCUUAUAAAUAUAUAUAUAUUUAUUUAUUUAUUGAUAUUAUUAUAGUAAUAAUAAUUAACGAUUAUAAAAUGUUAUUAUCAUAGUUAUUUAAUUAUGAAAAGUAAG